GUCUUCUUCUUGCUGUGGGGAAGUUGUUUCUUCCUGCAGAUGGCAGAGGCAGGCAGGACUGUGAGGGUGAGCGGGCUGCCCACGGACAUAGAAGAUGACAGGCUGAAAGACAAGUUGCUCAUUCACUUUCUCAGAGCCAGGAAUGGAGGAGGGGAGAUAGACCAGGUCACGAUUGUGAAGCCAACGCCUUUAUCUGCUCUCAUCACCUUCGAGGACAGUGCCGUGGCGCAGAGGAUUGUUCAAGACUGUCGGCACUUUCUGGAAAUAGAUGGGAAGAAGUAUGAACUUAAUGCUUCAGAGCAUCCCGAAAGCCUGGAUCCAGACCAGGUCAUCUUAAAUCUAACAGCAACGGUUGACUACAGCCGGCUUCCUGGUGGAAUCACAGCGCUGAAAAACCUUCGUAAAAGGCACCAGGAUGUCCAGAUAAACCCCACUUCUGCUGAGAGGUGUUGCACAUUGUAUGGCCCGUACUCCAAAGUGCAGGCCGCUUUGGCCCAACUACUGUGCCAUCCUGGCGGUCCAGAGUUCCCAGAGACCAAAGACUCAGGUCCAGCCGCCCCCAGCAAGGCUUGGUUUUCUCAGAAAUCAAAAAGGCCUCAAGUGUCAGAAGAUCAGAGGAGAAAACCCACCAAGCAAAAAGAACACAGAGAAGAAGAAUAUGUUCCAAGUGAGGGGGAAAACUUAAGCUCAAACAGAAGUCCGGCACAUGACGGUGAUUGCUGGGAAGCUCCCAAUCACACAGAGAAGGCAGCUCCACGUUCUCCUACUGCCUUCGUAGAGGAGUCCUCUAUGAUUGUGGAUGCAGACGUGUUCCAGUAUCUGCAGAAGAACUGCAAGAAGGAAUACCAGCAAAUCCUCAGUCGCUAUGGUGUGGAGGUGGUGAACGAAACAAAUCAGGGCCUCACCACCCUCUUUUUGCACAUUGCUGAUACAGCAGCAGCAGCGGUGGAGGAGGGGCAGGACUGCAUGAGACUGGCUAAAAAUGCAAUAAGUCGACUUUACCAGGAGAACGAGUCAAGCAUCUGUCGAGACCAGCUCCCUAAGAUUAUCCUUCACCCCGCAGGAGGACUGCAGAGGGCAACGGAGAACCUAAGCGCAAAAUUUCCAAAGCUUCUUCUAACCGAAGAUGAGCAGAAUAUUUACUUUAUUGGUAGCAAUAGGGAUGUAACUGAGGCCAGACGCUCUCUUCUUAUGGACCACAAGGAAGCUAGAGAUAAAAAGGAGGGUGUUGCCAGUCUUCUUAAUUUUCCUUCAUAUAAUUCUGGCUCAUCACCAGUUCGUGCUGAUGAGGAAAGAGGCCCCCUGCCUACGCCUCGCACCGAAGGACCUUUGGAUGAAAGGAUAGAUCAGAUGCUGAUAUCAGAGGAUGAUGACCUAAGGGCUGAUGGAGCCAGAAGGUAUAAACUAGCUGCUCGGUUUAAAGAUUCAGGGCUUUCCGGUUUGGGCAGCUUCCCCUUCCGCCCAAAUUCAUCACCCAGCAGGCAAACCCGCCAGGAGCCACUGCUGGGGCACGACACGCAGUCCGAAACAACGGCGAUAUCUGGUGAAGAAGUUUCUAGAGCAGUCGCCCAAAAUACAGGAAGGGACGUGUUGUUUAAAGGUGCAUACAUGUCUCCUCCAUCUGCGUUUGCACAGAUGAAAACCUCUUUAAACACAGAUGUGAUAGACACGAGACCAAAGAAUCUAACAUCCCAGUUUGCCUCAACGUCAUCCAGUCUUCCGCAAAACCCGCCACCUUCUGGGUCCGGCUCCACUUUAAAGCGAGCCAGUAGUUUCUCAGGAACGCCUCAGCAGAAAGCUCAACUGUUGGGACAGAAGAGUCAAGAUGAUUCCAGCAAAUCCACAGCCCGAGUCCGGGAGCGGUCUUCCAGCCUUAGCAGCCGGACAGUGAGGGAUAAACAAGAAGUCUAUCGGGAAGAGAUCUUAGUUUCCCGGGUUAUGUGGCAGUAUAUAAAGGAAGCCUACAGCACACGAGUGGAGGACCUGACCUCUGAUCUCCAGAUGAAAGAGAGUUUCUCUGAAGGCAGCCGGGAAGUGACCGUUAUCUUGAGAGGGGCCGACUCAUCUAAAGUGACGUUAUGUCGGCAGUGUCUACAGACACUCGUCGACUCAGUUAGUGCCGACUUCUCGGUUCAGGAGCUGCGCAUGUCUGAACUGGGCCUUUCCAGUACCGAGGAUGAAACCUUACAGGCAUGCUACUACGAGGUUCGGAGCCGCUUCAAGAAGGUUGUUAUCCACCUCAUGAAGAAGAGCUUGUAUGUUGUUGGUCCAGAACAGCUAUGCUCUCAGGUAGCAGCUACACUGAGGGAGGUAUUUUCUAGAGAGCCUGAACAAUACGACUUCUCAAACCUAUCUUCGCUGUUGGAGGCAGCUCAAAGCAGAAGUCAAGGUCUGGACAGCAGUUAUCAGGUGGGAGCAUGCACCCAAACCGGCAAAGCAGAUGGGAACAGUGGGAGUGAGCAAUGGAAAACAACCUAUGACAGAGACUUUGGUGAGAACGGGCUUUCUAAUGGAUCAAAUAGCCAAUCAGAAUUGAGGAGAGAGUUUGUCUUCAAGGAAAAACAGGAUGGAAAAAUAAUUGAAAAGAAUGGUGUGAACGGUGAGAAUGACCGAACUUUGCAUGGUACCCAGACGCACACCACGGGGCAUAGACCCGCAGAGACCCAAAGGACCUCAGUGGAGUCAAGGCCCGGUCUGGGAGGACAAGUUUCAAGCUGUGCCUGUGGGGAGAGCAAGAUGCCAGUGGUGAGAACGAAGUGUGGGGUCACCAUGUGCACAGCCUGCCUGGAAAAGAUGCACCUUUCCUGCAAAGUCUGCCAUGAGGCUCCACAGAUACCCCAAGGCGUCCGCGGCGAAAUUAAGAAAUCCAGACUGAACAUGAGUUUACCAGGUCAGAACAAGGUUGGCGUUAUCAAGAUCACUUACCGCAUUCCUGAUGGUAUCCAAGGGGAGGGUCAUCCUUCACCUGGAAAACCAUUUAAAGGCAAGUUAUUCGAAGCCUACCUUCCAGACAAUGACGAGGCGAAGAAACUGCUUCCCCGGUUGGAAGAAGCUUUCAGGAAGGGACUCACCUUCACAGUGAUAGGCAAAGGAACAGAGGCCAGGGUCUUCUGGGACUGCAUCCCCCACAAAACCAGCUUACAUGGAGGCAAAACUGAGAAAGGGUACCCCGACUCCAUGUACUUGAGCCGUUUGUCCAGUAUCUUGACUUCCAAAGGGAUUAAGUAGCUGUCCGCCAGUUCAAAAUUGAAAAAUGGCAGAGAAGGAAUUUUUAUGGUAAUUUUACUUUUUUUGUUCAAUAUAAACUUGACUGUAUUAGUCAUUUGAUUCUCCUUUUUAUUGUAAUAUUCUCGUAACAUCUGUUCUACCUUAUUUAUCCAUGAAUGUAUAUUUAACAGAAUCGGGGCAGUGGAAAAAAAAUAUCUGUAUAUAUUUUUAGAUUCUAUUUUUAAUAAUUGUUUUCCCAGGAUGUCCUUGAAUUUCUGAAUGUGUUUAGAUGACCUACUGUCACAGUUUGCAUCCCUUCAUGCAGCAUUUCCAAACAUUUCUUUUAUUAUUUCAGCUUAUUCAGUUUUUGAACAAGUAUUUCUCUAUGGUAAGAUGAGCACAUGACUUCAGAGAUAGGCACUUCGGAGUAUUCGUCUAACCACAAUCCCUGUGGCUAUUUGUAGAAGACCAGGGAACAUCAAUAUGAAUAAAAAGAGAACAUUUCCUGAC